AUGCCCCCUCCCCGUGACUGUGCAUCUCAGCCCCUGGCGGGCGCCAUGUUGGCGUCCCUGUCCAUCACUCGGCAACCGCUGGACACGCCCCCUGACAUCACCACAGAUGCAGUGACUUUUGAUGAUGUUCAUGUGAAAUUCACGGAGGAAGAGUGGAUUUUGCUGGAUCCUUCACAGAAGAGUCUCUACAAAAAUGUGAUGUUGGAAAACUACCUGAACCUCAAAGCUGUAGGCUAUAAUUGGGAAGACCAUCAUCUUGAAGGACAUUGUCAAAGUAGUAGAAAACUUGAAAGGCAUAUAAGAAGAUAUACUGGAGUGAAACUCUAUGAGUGUAAUAUAUGUGGUAAAGCUUUUACAAGAUGCAGUAAUCUCCAAUAUCAUAAAAGAACACAUACUGGAGAGAAACCUUAUGAAUGUAAUCAAUGUGAUAAAGCCUUUGCAGCUCACAGUUAUCUACAAAGACAGAAAAGAUCACAUACUGGAGAGAAACCUUAUGAGUGCCAUCAAUGUGGUAAAACCUUUGCACAGCGCAGUCAUCUCCAAUAUCAUAAAAGAACACAUACUGGAGAGAAACCUUAUGAAUGCAAUCAAUGUGGUAAAGCCUUUACACAGCUCAGCGCUCUCCAAAGACAUAAAAGAACACAUAAUGGAGAGAAACCUUAUGAAUGUAAUCAAUGUGGUAAAGCCUUUGCAUGUCAUAGUAAUCUACAAACACAUAAAAAAACACAUACUGGAGAGAAACCUUAUGAAUGCAAUCAAUGUGGUAAAGCCUUUACACAGCUCAGCGCUCUCCAAAGACAUAAAAGAACACAUACUGGAGAGAAACUUUAUGAAUGCAAUCAAUGCGGUAAAGCCUUUACACAGCUCAGUGCUCUUCAAAGACAUAAAAGAACACAUACUGGAGAGAAACGUUAUGAGUGCAACCCAUGUGGUAAAGCCUUUGCACAGCAUAGUCAUCUCCAAUAUCAUAAAAGAACACAUACUGGAGAGAAACCUUAUGAAUGUAAUCAAUGUGGUAAAGCCUUUGCACAGCAUAGUCAUCUCCAAUAUCAUAAAAGAACACAUACUUUAGAG